CCUCAGGUGCACACAGAUGGAAGCAAAUAAUUGUCUAUUGACAGUACAUGCACGUUCAUGACACAGACUGAGAGUCAAAACAGGCUGGUUAAUGUGUCACUGGCACAUGCUCUGACACCGCAGUCAUUCCACCGCUACUUACUCUGAAUAAGAGACGCAACUGACUGGAGAAGACAUCAGAUGUAAAGAUGUCAUCUAAUGACAACAAAAUUAGUUUCCCUGAGCUUAUAAAGCUGAAACGAGAUGAUGGCCAACUCAGCCCGGCGGAGAUACGCACCUUUGUGCAAGGAGUCACAUCAGGAGCCAUCCAGGGCACUCAAAUAGGCGCUAUGCUAAUGGCCAUAUGGCAGAAGAACAUGACUGAUGAAGAGACUCUGGCAUUGACGAGAGAGAUGAUGAACUCUGGGGAUACGCUAGAAUGGCCGGAGGAAUGGCUUGUGGUAGACAAACACUCAACCGGCGGGGUUGGAGACAAAAUCAGCCUUCCACUCGCUCCUGCUCUGGCUGCAUGUGGCUGUAAGGUACCCAUGAUAAGUGGGCGAGGACUGGCACAUACAGGUGGCACCCUGGACAAGCUGGAGUCAAUCCCUGGGUUUAACGUCAACCAAUCAGUUCAACAGGUGAAGCAGAUCCUACAGGAUGUGGGCUGUUGCAUUGUGGGACAAACAGACAGACUGGUGCCAGCAGAUCGUGUUCUCUACGCCAUCAGAGACGCCACAUCGACUGUUGAUAGUCUUCCUCUUAUCACUAGCUCCAUCAUUUCUAAGAAAGGAGCUGAAGGUCUGAGUGCUCUUGUGUUAGAUGUGAAGUUUGGCAGGGCUGCUUUGUAUAAAGAUCUGGACAGUGCUCGCAAUCUUGCUCAGUCACUGGUCACUGCAGGCAACAGGCUGGGUGUGAAGACAGGGGCGGUGCUUAGCCGAAUGGACGCUCCUAUUGGCCAGAGUGUAGGAAAUGCGGUUGAGGUGUGCGAAGCCCUUGAGUGUCUUAAAGGACGAGGGCCAGAUGAUCUCACAGAACUGGUUACAAUUUUAGGUGGACAUCUAUUGUCGAUGUGUCGACACUCCUGUACUCUAGAGAGUGGGAAAAAGGAAAUAGCUCAAAAGCUGAAGAAUGGAGAAGCCCUGAAAAAAUUCCAGGCGAUGCUGGAAGCUCAGGGUGUGUCUGCAGAUGUUGCACGUUCCCUGUGCUCAGACGAAACCGACUACUUUCAGCACAUGAGGCGCGCAGCGCAUCAGACAGAGCUUAAGGUGCAAGAUGAUGGAGCUGUUUUGGACAUUGACGGUUUGGCCCUGGCUGAAGUACUGCACAAGUUAGGGGCGGGACGCACUAAAUCGGGAGAGAAAAUCGAUCAUAGCGUGGGAGCAGAGAUCUUGGUAAAGAUGGGACAGCUUGUACAGAAAGGUGAAUCAUGGAUCAGGAUUCAUCACAACAGCCCAGAUCUGAGUUCACACCAGUGUUCUGACCUGCAGAAAGCUUUGGUCAUUGGCAGCCACAACAAAUACAAGGCUGUGCCGCGUGUGGCAGAAUUCAUCCACCCAAACAAUCCCAACAUGUUUUAGCACAGCCGCAUUCAAGUCUUAUUUUGUUUGUAACUAAAUGAUUAAGUAAAUGAUUCAUUUUGAAUGUACUGUUACCAAGAAACACUGUUCUUUCUAUGAAGUACUAGGGAGGUUUUAGAAGAAGAGCAUGACUGACAAAAACCAACACUGACCAUCUGGAAAAUCUUUAAACAUAUUUGCUUACCAGUAGCUAAAAUAUUACUGUAGCCCAGGUCUGCUCAAUCCUGUCCUGGAGAUCUGCCAUCCUGCAAUGUUUAGUUGCAGCUCUAAUCCACCUAAACCAGAUGAUCGAGGCCCUCAGGCUGAAGCUGUCAAUUACAGGCAGGUGUGCUGGACACACAGGAGCAGGAUUGAGUGCACUGGCAUAGUAGAUGACUGCUGCCACCACUGAUUCGUAGAAGAACUGCAGCAUAGCAAGCCACAAACCUCUAUAAUCAGUCACUCACAUGAACAAGCACUGAUUUGCCUCAGAUUUCAGGCAUUUGUUGGUGAUUUCCACUAAACUGUUGGAGAGUGAAAAUCAGGGCUAAAAUCAUGCAGCAUGUACACAAAGAACCGAGCAAUCUCAGAAAACAGGGUCUACUCUGCUGAAUUUUGCACAUUUUCUCACUUCUAAACACCUGUAAAGCAUAACCCUGGUACUUCAUUUACAUUUUUCUCUGUUUAUUUAAUCAGACCAACUAGUGUGAUUAUUGUUUUUCUUUUUUAAAUAAAUGAGGUUGUAGUAAAUGGUAAGGUGCUGCCAUUUAGUGGUACAAAUCACGUCCAACAUGGCAGCAUAGGUGAUGUGCACAUUUUCUACAAGCUUAAAUAGCUGAUUUUGAGAUGACGUAAGACCUUCGUUCAUCUUUGGAACACAAAUUAAGAUAUUUUUAAUGAAAUCUGAGAGAUUUCUGUCCCUCCACUGACAGUCAAGUCCAACCACCAAAGAUGAAUUAAAGUCUGUUAAGUAAGGUCUGGAAUGACAUGAAGUUUGAGUAAUUCAUGACAGAAUUUUCAUUUUUGGUAGAACUACUUUGUUUUCAUUGUGACAUUUUUAUGAUAAUUAAACACCCUGAUUGCCAGUA